GCCACAGCCAGACGAACUCACGAAUCGAUCGAAUCAACGGCUUACUGAGAAUCCCGGCGAGCGAUGGCCGUCGACCAUGGCGGCGGCGGUGGUGAUGAUGGAGGUGGUGGAGGUGGUGGUGGUGGCAGGCAAGCAAGCAACGCACGUAUGCGAGCAGCACGGGGGCGGGCGUUGCAGAGCGAGCGAGAAAGAGGGAAAAAAAGAAAGAAGAAAAAAAACGCGGAGCAGCGAAUAAAAGUGCGCUAUGCUGGCUGGCCCAACCAACCGAUAUUUCGGGAACCAUCACCCGGACUCGUCGGCGACCAUUUCUUUGCGUGCUGGCUGCAACCUGCGCAAACGGUUAACGAAGCCGUCGCCGUGCAGUGUCUCCUCGUCGCCGUGCAGUGUCUCCUCGCCGCCGUGCAGUGUCUCCUCGUCGCCGUGCAGUGUCUCCUCGUCGCCGUGCAGUGUCUCCUCGUCGCCGUGCAGUGUCUCCUCGUCGCCGUGCAGUGUCUCCUCCUCGUCGUCGUCGUCGUCGUCCAUGUCCGCUCUCUCCGUCCCACACCGAUCCAGCAAAUCGUUCCCUCCCUCCCUCAUCCCUCCGUGCUCGAUGCAGCCACCCAUCCACCCAUCCACCCCAUCCAUCAAUCAAUCCAUCCACUCAUCCAUCCACUCACUCGGAUCCGAAUCCGCUCGCUCAACACCCGUCUUUGUUCGCUCUCUCUCGCUCGCUCGCUUCGGACUUGCCCCGCGUCACACCUCCUUACUCGUCCCACCCGCCCACCCGCUGGCUAGCUGGCUGGCUGGACUGGCUGGCUGGCUGGGCCUGCUGUUCGAGCAAAUCCUCAACGCUCUGUUCUCCGUGCGGCUCGACCAAUCCGCCUCGCAUCACAAGAUCUCUUCUGCGCAUGGUGGACGGUCGGCCUCCUCCGUGUCAUGCUGUGUGCGGUGUGGAUGGGAUUGGCUCGUCGAAUUCGCCAUUCUCCCCUCCCCUCCCCUCACCUCCCUCCCCUCGCUCUCCCCUCGCUCUCCCCUCGCUCUCCCUCCCCCAAUCUGCCGUCUCCAGCACCCCGGUCACAUUAACGAAAUGUCCCAGCUUGCUGGGUUCUUCCACCCAUGUCCCCCCCUCCCCUCCCCCCCCCAGCCAGCAACAAGUGCAACUUUAUAGCAGAGCCUCCACUCUGCAGAGAUGCCCUUCCAAUAAUUCCCAUGUUGGCCGAAACCAAGGACGAGCCCGCAAGGUGUUCUGUAUGUACGGACCGCUUCCCGUUCGCUCACAGACGUCGUCGCCGUCGUCGAUGUGCCUCUGCUCCUCACAGCUGUCUCCUCCCCCCUAGUAGAAACCGGUAGCCCACGCUCGACCUCUGCUGAGUUGGAAGCCCGCUAAGGACAUGGGUCCUGGUUUUGGCGGUCCGCGGAGAUGCAGGACCCGUCGAAACGAGCACGGCCAUCCUUGCCUGCAGACGCCUCACACGCCAUCUCCCCACAACUCGAGGAGUGAUCACUGCGACUGAGA